AAUCAUCGGAGGCAGUCGCUUUCUUGAAUGGGGAGCAUAAGAAAAGGGUUAGUGAAGAGAUUAGGCAAAGGAAUAGAGAGAAAAAACUUCAGCGAAAAAACGAACAGGGUAUGAUUCAAGAAGUUAAUUCAUCCAUGAAAGAAAAACACUUUCUCCCGGUUGUGACUGAAAUUUCAGCGAACCAAGUUCGCCCAAAUUCUUUAGCAGAGAUAGAUGAAGAGCGAGCGGUCCUCCCUGAUAUUAUUAAUCUAUAUGAAACUGCGUGCGGUGCGGAAAAGAAAGCAAUCGAAGCCAAUAGAGAAGAAACUUUGCGUUGGUGUUCCUAUGCUAGAGAAUUCAAGAGAAUGUAUAAAGAUUUUAUGGUCAACAAUAAAGUUGGGGAAAAGAAAGCGAAAGGUCAGGUAUAUGAUUUUAUUAUCAAACAACUCCCCGAUACUAAACGCAAAACUUUAUGUAGGCAAACACAGAAAGCUUUGAGGAUUGACGAUUUAUUCGAAAAAAUAGGAAUGGACAAGCUUCAAUACAUAAAAACAUAUAGUGCGGAUACUAUUUCGAAAUUUACUGUUCCUCAGAUUCAAACAAUUAUAGAUCACUUCACCGAAAAACGUUCACAAAGUGAACAAUUCACUGAUGAAGCCGAGGAUGAAGAACAAGAUGACGAGGUCCCAGAGGGAUCCGAUCAGAAUAAUGCAUUGGAGGUCUUGUCAUUAGCAAAGCUAACAUCAACUGCACCUAUCCCAUUAGCCCAUAUCCCUAAUUCUUCAGAUGAUACCUCCAGCUCGAAAAAAUUGGAUACCAAGGUAGAGGUAGUACCACCUAUUCCUCAACCCAAUAAUCCAACCCACGUCCAGGCCCGCAAUAAAGUCUUAAAACUCUAUCCUGAUAUAUCUUUUCAUAGUAAACCCUCCGAUGAAUCUGAAGAUGUAUAUCGUUGCAGAACAAAGUCUUCAAUAUGCCCAUCAUGUAAGACGAAUCAUAAAGAAAAUAUAGUAGGUCGAUAUUGGGAGGGAUCUUAUCUUUUGAGUUGUAUGUAUAAGAUGAAAGGACUCGAGGUAGUGGUGUAACCCAGUCAUGCAAGAUCAACCACCUGAAAUGCGCAGAAGAUAUCGGGAAAAUUCUCUUUUUUUCUUCGUAUAGCUCAGAAAAAAAAAUCUACCAUGGUACCAAAAGCUAUGACAAGCAUGUUAACAAACCUCAAGCCUCUGAUUUCAAGCCUAUCACUUUCGAAGCCAAACAUUAAUUUUCAAAUCCAUGUUAGAGCAUUUCACAUACUUGAAAUUCGGAAAUUGUUUCAGAGGGAUUGAUAAUUAUAAUUUUACAUCCCCUCAGCCGUGGAGCUCACCAUGCCCUAUUUGUGAUGGAAAACAUGGGAAUUAUGGAUUACAUGGCUCAUGGUAUGGAACAGAAUAUUGUCUUACUUGCUUCACUUCAGGCAAUAAAUUCAGGUUCGCGAUUGUGGCUUAGACCGGACCGAUCACCUGAAAUGCGCAGAAGAUA